UCUCUCUUUCUUCACCAUCAUUGUCACCGAAAGUAGAUAAAGAAAGAAAAAAUCUUGAGCGAGAAACUGUGAAUCGAAGUAAUCCCAAGUUUGAGGGUGAAUUUUGUCGUCGUUUUGUGUAGCAGAUAUGGCUUCUAGGGUUGUUAUUCCGGAGCAACCGAGGGUAGGUGGUGGAAAGCAGAAGAUUGUGCAGGCUGAGGGCAGAAAUAGGCGUGUUUUAAGAGAUAUUGGAAAUUUGGCAACUAAACAAGCUGCUGUUGUUGAGCGCAAGCCCCAAAAUCAAAUCACUCGCCCUGUAACCAGGAGUUUUGGGGCUCAGUUGCUGGCAAAUGCACAAGCAGAAGCAGAGAAAAACAUCUGCAAGAAGACACUGGUGGAAAGUGGAAAAGAUUUGGUGGGGAAAGAUGUUGUUGCUGCCAAGAAGGAAGCUCUGAAGCCCAAGGAGGAGGCUGUGGUUGUAAUCAGUUCGGAUAAAGGAGAGAGUUGCAAAAGUGGAAGAAAAGAGAAGAAGGCUGCUAAAGCUUUCACUUCCAUCCUAUCUGCUAGGAGCAAGGCUGCCUGUGGGGUUACAAAGAAGCCUAAGGAUAAGGUCGUGGACAUCGAUGCAGGGGACUCGGAGAAUGAAUUGACAGCUGCUGAGUAUGUUGAGGACAUGUACAAUUACUACAAGCUCACUGAAGGCGAUGGUCGAGUUCAUGACUACAUGGAAUCGCAACGAGAAAUCAACUCGAAAAUGAGAGGCAUUCUGGUGGACUGGCUGAUUGAAGUGCACAGGAAGUUUGAACUGACCCCUGAGAGCCUAUACCUCACAGUGAACGUGAUGGAUCGGUUCCUCUCCCUCAAGGCGGUUCAGAGGAGGGAGCUGCAGCUCGUUGGGAUAAGCUCGAUGUUGAUUGCGUGCAAAUAUGAGGAGAUAUGGGCACCAGAGGUGAGUGACCUGAUGGCUAUAUCGGACAAUGCUUAUGCAAGGGAGCAAGUGCUGGUGAUGGAGAAGGCGAUUCUCGGGCAGCUGGAGUGGUACCUUACUGUACCGACUCCUUAUGUGUUUCUGAUUCGAUACAUCAAGGCCUCUAUUCCAUCUGAUAAGGAGAUGGAAAACAUGAGCUUUUUCUUUGGUGAGCUUGGUUUGACAAGCUACUUGGUCAUGACACGGUAUAGCCCCUCGGUGCUUGCAGCUUCUGCCGUGUACGUUGCUCGUUGCACUCUCGGGAGGAGUCCGGUGUGGAGUGAGACGCUUAGGCACCACACGGGAUACUGUCAAGAUCAGCUCAUGGAGUGUGGGAAGGUGUUGGUAGGAUUGCAGAGUGGUAUGGCGGAGAGCAAGCUGAAAGCGGUGUGGAGAAAGUACUCUAAUCCGGAGAGGGCGGCCAUGUUUCCUCCGCCCACAAUUUGAUUCUUCAGCAUAAGUUGUUUGGUUUUGAGUUGUGUUAACCAAUUUAUUCUCACAAAAUUAAUGAUUUGAGAUCAUUUAUGCGUUAUGAUCUCCUAGCUAGGUAUGUAUGGUAUGUACACUCAUUAGUUUGAUUCAUUCUUCUCUUCUGCUGUGAUUUA